AUGGAAAGGUAAUUAAAUUGUAUUUAAAGAAAAUUCAAGGUAAAUCUACUUUACUAUUAUAGUAAAUUCAUUAAACUAUUUCAUCUUUUACUUACAAGGACAAAAGAUUUUAGCUAAGCUAUAGAAUUUUAGAUAUGCUUUUCAAAUUCAAUUUAGCAUUAACUUUAACAAUCCAAGAAGAAUCAAUGCUCAAUAAUUCAACUUUCUUCAUUUGUUUAUUCGGUAUACUCAACCCUGUAAUCAUUCUUAUAAUUAUAAUGAGAUUUCUCAUAAGAUAAUUGAAGCAAAUUUAAAGAAUAGCUGCUUUUAUUAGCUAGUUUCUCCUUAUUUUGUUUUUGAUGAUACAUCUAAUAUCAUCACAUAUGUUUGUUAUUUAAUGA